CUUAAAGAAACAUUGUACAGCUGUUUGGAUUUCCCCAAAGAAGAAAAGAAGGAAAGAUUAUCUGACCUUGUAUUCAGCCACGGUCUGAUGUUCUGUGACUGAGAAGCCAGCUGUUGACUCUGUUAUGAUGCCUUUGGAGAUGGAGCCCAAAAUGAGCAAACUUGCCUUUGGAUGCCAGCGGAGCUCCACGUCGGAUGAUGACUCGGGCUGCGCGCUGGAGGAGUACGCCUGGGUACCCCCAGGCCUCAGACCUGAGCAGAUCCAGCUCUAUUUUGCUUGCUUACCAGAGGAAAAGGUUCCUUAUGUUAACAGUCCUGGAGAGAAGCACCGAAUUAAGCAGCUUUUGUACCAGUUGCCACCACAUGAUAAUGAGGUGCGGUACUGCCAGACUUUGAGUGAGGAGGAGAAAAAAGAACUGCAAGUGUUCAGUGCUCAGCGGAAGAAGGAAGCCCUAGGAAGAGGAACAAUUAAACUUCUGUCCAGAGCAGUAAUGCACGCCGUGUGCGAGCAGUGUGGGUUGAAGAUAAAUGGAGGUGAGAUUGCAGUGUUUGCCUCUCGAGCGGGCCCAGGAGUGUGCUGGCACCCAUCCUGUUUUGUCUGCUUCACGUGCAGUGAGCUGCUGGUCGACCUCAUCUAUUUUUAUCAGGAUGGAAAAAUUCACUGUGGCCGGCACCAUGCUGAGCUGCUCAAACCCCGGUGUUCAGCAUGUGACGAGAUAAUUUUUGCUGAUGAGUGCACAGAAGCUGAGGGUCGGCAUUGGCACAUGAAACACUUCUGCUGCCUGGAGUGCGAGACGGUCCUGGGGGGACAGAGGUACAUCAUGAAGGACGGCCGCCCAUUCUGCUGCGGCUGCUUCGAGUCCCUGUAUGCAGAGUACUGCGAGGCGUGCGGGGAGCAUAUCGGUGUGGACCACGCGCAGAUGACCUAUGAUGGGCAGCACUGGCACGCCACAGAGGCCUGCUUUUCCUGUGCCCAGUGCAAAACCUCUCUGUUGGGAUGCCCUUUCCUCCCCAAACAAGGCCAGAUUUAUUGCUCAAAGACAUGCAGCCUCGGUGAAGACGUGCAUGCCUCCGAUUCCUCCGACUCUGCAUUCCAGUCAGCUCGAUCAAGAGACUCCAGAAGAAGUGUCCGGAUGGGCAAGAGCAGCCGGUCAGCAGAUCAGUGUCGUCAGUCCCUCCUUUUGUCCCCUGCUCUGAACUAUAAGUUUCCUGGCCUGUCAGGCAAUGCUGACGACACCCUAUCUCGGAAGCUGGACGAUCUGAGCCUUUCCAGGCAAGGAGCAGGUUUCGUCAGUGAAGAAUUCUGGAAAGGCAGAGUAGAGCACGAAACCCCAGAAGACCCUGAGGAAUGGGCCGAGCAUGAAGAUUACAUGACACAGCUCCUCCUCAAGUUUGGUGAUAAAAGUCUCUUCCAGCAGCAGUCCAGUGAGAUGGACAUUCGAGCCAGUGAGCACUGGAUAGCUGAUAACAUGGUUAAAAACAAGACCGAGUUGAAGCAAAACAGCCAGAGCCUUGCAAGCAAAAAAUACCAAUCUGAUAUGUAUUGGGCACAGUCACAAGAUGGACUAGGGGAUUCUGCUUAUGGCAGCCACCCAGGCCCCGCGAGCAGUCGAAGACUCCAGGAACUGGAUCUGGACCAUGGGGCUUCAGGAUACAAUCACGAUCAAACACAGUGGUAUGGAGACUCCCUGGAGUGUUUGUCAGACCUGAAACCAGAGCAAAGUGUUCGGGAUUCUAUGGAUUCUUUGGCUUUGUCUAAUAUCACAGGGGCUUCGGUGGAUGGAGAAAGCAAGCCGAGGCCAUCGUUGUAUUCUCUGCAAAACUUUGAGGAAAUAGAGACAGAAGAUUGUGAGAAAAUGAGCAACAUGGGGACUCUGAACUCUUCCAUGCUGCACAGGAGCACGGAGUCCUUGAAGAGUCUCAGUUCAGAGUUGUGUCCAGAAAAAGUCCUGCCCGAGGAGAAAUCAGUUCACCUGCCAGUGCUCCGAAGGUCCAAGUCUCAGUCCAGGCCACAGCAAGUCAAGUUUUCAGAUGAUGUCAUUGACAACGGAAGCUACGAGAACAUCGAAAUUCGGCAGCCGCCCAUGAGUGAGAGAACUCGGAGACGGGUGUACCAUUUUGAAGAGAGGGGACCCAGGUCACAUCACCAUCGCCGCAGGAGAAGUAGGAAGUCCCGCUCAGACAAUGCCCUGAACCUUGUCACAGAAAGAAAAUACUCUCCCAAGGACAGGCUGCGGCUCUACACUCCCGAUAACUACGAAAAAUUUAUCCAGAAUAAGAGUGCCCGGGAGAUCCAGGCCUACAUCCAGAACGCUGACCUCUAUGGGCAGUACACCCACGCUACUUCUGACUACGCCCUGCAGAACCCGGGAGGGCCGCGAUUUCUAGGCCUCUAUGGGGAGGACGACGACUCCUGGUGCUCCUCCUCCACCUCCUCCUCCUCUGACUCAGAAGAAGAAGGGUAUUUUCUUGGACAACCAAUUCCUCAGCCCCGGCCACAGAGAUACGCCUACUACACAGACGACCUUUCUAGUCCAACUUCUGCACUCCCCACUCCUCAGUUUGGUCAGAGGACAACUAAAUCCAAGAAGAAAAAGGGACAUAAGGGCAAAAACUGUAUUAUUUCUUAA